CCACCAUCUCACGCUACCGUCUCCCAUCACCACCUCUCCAUUUACCCGUCUUUUCAUCUCGCCAUCUCACCACCUCACCACCUCACCACUCCACCACCAUGGCUCACCUCCAGCACUACUGCUACCCCGGCUUCGGCGAGGCCAAGCGCGAGGAGCUGUGGUACAGCCAGGCUGUCCGCGUCGGCGACUACAUCGAGAUUGCCGGCCAAGGCGGAUGGGACCCUGAGACCAGCAAGAUCCCUACGGACCUCGACGAGGAAAUCGACCAGGCCUUUGCCAACGUCGAGCACUGCCUGAAGCACGCUGGCGGCAAGGGCUGGAGCCAGGUCUACAAGAUCCGCCUGUAUCUCACCGACCUCAGCGAACAGUCGGUCGUGGCCUGCGUCCGCAACUUCAAGAAGUGGCUGCCUGACCACCGCCCUAUUCUCACAUGCAUUGGCGUCAACCAGCUCGGUCUUCCCGGCAUGCGUGUCGAGAUUGAAUGCAAGGCCCACGACGAGGAGGGUGCAAAGGCUGCAGCCGCUGCCAAGGCCUCGGCGUGAACGAACAGUAACCAAAUUAGCCUGUGGACCCGUCAAUCGGCAGAGUACAAGACUAAAAGUAAAGCUUCCUACAAUGAAAAAGUUCAAGUCGUUCCCUCUCACAUGCGCCUUGUUUUGUCAGCCUUCCUGUCUUGUGGGGAUAGUAGACUAUCUUCGGUAAGCCCGAACCAGCCUCCACUCUUUCUCAUCACAUCUUCACCAUGUCUGCGGUAUAAAAAAAAUCAACUUGCAAGAUACACUACUACGUUUGGAGAAUAAUCAAAAUCCCUGCACUAUGCAGAACUACGUUAUUACCAUCUUAGUCUUUUACAUGACACCAUUUGUAAACCAGCC